GGGGCGGGGCGGGAGCGCGCGCGACGCCGGCAGCUCGGCCGGGCCUUCGCGACGCUGGUUCCCGGGCGAGGCGGUCUCUCCGGCCGGCGACGAGGGUGUGGCGGCGAGGCUGCCCGCUCCGGCUCUGCGUCGGCCACCGCCCGGCACGUCUCCCCGGGUCGGACCGGCUCCUCCCGGCGUCCCGGCUCCCACGCAGCCCCGCCCGGCCUCCGCUGCUGCAGCCGAGCUGCCGAGGGCGCAGUAGAUGCCUGGUAGACAUCUUAGAACUUGAAAAACAGAGAAGACCUGCUUUUAGGGGAAAAUGCUGAGGGACACUAUGAAAUCUUGGAAUGAUAGCCAGUCAGGUCUCUGUACCAGUGACCAAGAAGAGGAAGAAGACAUGGUUUUUGGUGAAAAUGAAGAUGACUUGGAAGAGAUGAUGGAUUUAAGUGAUCUGCCCACCUCUCUUUUUGCCUGCAGUGUCCAUGAAGCAGUGUUUGAGGUGCAAGAGCAGAAGGAGAGAUUUGAAGCACUUUUCACCAUCUAUGAUGAGCAGGUUACGUUUCAGUUGUUUAAAAGCUUUAAAAGAGUCAGAAUAAAUUUCAGCAAGCCUGAAGCAGCAGCCAGAGCACGAAUAGAACUCCAUGAAUCAGACUUCAACGGGAAGAAGCUGAAGCUGUAUUUUGCACAGGUUCAGGUGUCCCAUGGAACACGAGACAAGUCGUAUCUACAGCCGCCCCAGCCGGUCAAGCAGUUCCUCAUCUCCCCUCCAGCGUCUCCUCCCGUGGGGUGGAAGCAGGGGGACGACGCGAUGCCGCUUUUAAAUUACGAUCUACUCUGUGCUGUUUCCAAGCUGGGACCAGGAGAGAAAUACGAACUUCAUGCAGGAACCGAGUCGACACCCAGCGUGGUGGUGCACGUCUGUGAAAGUGAAACGGAAGAGCUAGAGGAAACAAAAAACCCCAAACAGAAAAUUACCCAGACCAGGCGCCCGGAACCUCCAGGCACAGCACCGAGCGAGCCCCAGACCUUCGACUGUGCCCCGUGAGGCCUGAUUGUGGCGCGAGGCGGCUGCCAUCGCGGGUGCUGGUCGUGGAAACAGUGCUCCCUGCUGGGGCACUGCUGCUCGAGGUGUAGGUGAGGUGAGCGGGCAUGUGGGCAGUGUGUUCACCACGCCUGCGCCGUGGGCACGAGUCUAGAGUAGAGGCUGAUGUUCCGAGAAGCACUGCAAGGACUGGCCCCCAACAUGCAGCAUCUCUUGACCACUUUGAACAGUAGCCGAUUAGGAACACGGCCCCCUCCAGGAAUGUUCCUUUCCCUGAUUCUGUGUAGCAUGGAGAACCCCAAAACUAAAACUGUCGUCGCCGAGCGCAGUCCCGUUUUUAUGAAUUUAAAAGUAGUCUUACAGUUUUAAUAAUCUAGUGUGGGUAUUUUUGUACUGGUAUAACAGCUUCUAACUAAACCUCUUGAUCAAAGCUUAAUUACUAUUCCGUAUACCUGAAAUUUUUUGCACGUCAAGAAACCUGAAGUAUAGAAUAAUUCAUAGAAAAUCAUUUUUCUCUAGUAUUUUAUUUUCUUUAACUUUGGGGGAGAAAAUGCCAAAUUCACUUUGACCAUCAGAGUCGAAUGGCACAGAUCUGCGUGCAUACUGUUCUCUGCCCAGGAAUCCGAGGAAAGCGAUGGGCGCUCCACUGUCCGCGUGUGUGGUCCCUCCCAGAGGAGGAGCUGCUGCUUGGGCUGGGGGGUCGCCUGGAGCUCGCCUGCUUAUGGCUCAGGCGGCUGCCACCGGGCCUGCUUAUGGCUCAGGCGGCUGCCGCCAGGCCUGCUUAUGGCUCAGGCGGCUCCUGCCCGGCCUGCUUAUGGCUCAGGCGACUGCUGCCCGGCCUGCUUAUGGCUCAGGCGGCUGCUGCCUGGCCUGCUUAUGGCUCAGGUGGCUGCUGCCGGGCCUGCUUGUGACCGUGUGCUAGCCUGUGGCAUCCCAACUGCUCCCAGCCACCUGCUAGGUUCUCCUGUGCUGUACAUAUUUGUGUGUCAUUCGUAGACUUUAAAUUAGAAAAGGAAAUGGUCAGAUUUUCUUACAAACCAUUUUAAAAGUGUCCAUUUGAGCAUUUUUCAUCUUGAAAGAAAAGUCAUACUUACUCCGUUUCUGUGAAUUAGGGAGAGAUGGGGAGAUCAUUUUGGUAGUCAGACUUUCCUUUUUUGGUGAGGUUUUUUACAGUAGGCAUUUUCCCCUAACAGAAUUGUUUCUCACUUAGGUUUCAGAGUGGAUAGUUGAACUUCCUAACGUAGAAGCAAGAAUCUUUUUAAUUUGGGGGGGUCUGUUCAGACUUUAAAGACCUUUUUAUAGAAAAGUCUCAUAACUAAAUGCUUUGCUCUGCUGAUUCUCUGCUCACACGGCUGUUUUAUUUGUAUGGCAAAUGUCUGGAGUGCCUGGUCUGUAGGUAAAGGGGUUGCGCACCUGAGUUUGGCCUAAUACAAUGUGGCUACCGCUAUAAAAGAGAAAAAUGCAGACAUGCAGGCCGUGAUUUCUGUCCAUUUUUGGUAACAUGUUUUUGUGGUUUAGAUGUUCUUAUGGUAGACUUUAUUUCUGAGGACUUAACUAUAUUGCAAAAAAAAUGUUUUGUAUAUUUUCCUUGCUCUGAAACACUCUGAGGUGAUAAACUCUUCUAUUUGUAUGUAUCUACCACUGCUACGCCUCCGUGUAAAUUCAGUUCAGGUUUGUGAUUCCAUAAGUAAUUUAUUAAAUUCAGAUCACCAUUUGGCAGUCCAUCAUUGCACCAUGGACCCUCCAAGCCAAGAAAUGAAUGUAUUUUCAACAGUUGGGGAUUUUAAAAUUUCCUUUUAGUUAUAUUUAUUCACUCUAAUUUUCUAAGUGACCAAAAUCCAUGUUUUAUUAUUUUGCUUGGUUCUUAUUCUCUAUCUUCCAGUUAAGAAAGAGUAUUGUGUCCUUAACAUUGAAAACUUUUUAAAAAGCCAAGCAGUGUUGCCCUGGCCAGUGUUGAUCGAUGGUUAGAGUAUCAGUCUGUGCACCAUAGUGUCUAGGGUUUGAUUCCCAGUCAAGGGUGCUUACCUGCGUUGCAGGUUCGAUCCCCAGCCCAGUCAGGACGGGUGCAGGAGGCAACCAAUCAAUAUGUUUCUCUCACAUCAAUGUUUCUCUUUCUCUCUCUCCCUCUCUCUCCCCCUCUCUUCCUUCCAUUCUCUCUAAAAAUUAGUGGAAAAAAAUAUCGAAGCAGUGUUAGCCUGGCCAGAUAGCUCAGUUAGUUAGAGCACCAUCCCAAUAUGCCAAGGUUGUAAGUUCAAUCCCUGGUCAGGGCACAUACAAGAAUCAACCAAUGAAUGCAUAAAUAAGUGGAACAACAAAUCAAAAGUCAAGUAGUGCAAAUUACCCCAAAUUUUUGUUCUCCUUUCUUUUUUGAGAGAGAGCAUUAAAUAAAUUGAAGAAAAUCUUAAACUAAAAUUAAAUAUAUAUAUCUAUAAUUAUUUAAUAUAUAGUUAACUUUUCUGAGUGGGGAAAUUAAUAUUUUCAUCCUUUCUAAUAUAAUAUUUCAGUAAGAUGAACUCUGAAAGAAAAACUGCUAAAUGCUCAUUAACUUUUUAACAUUAUGAAACCAGGAUCUCCAUGGAAAAAAAUAUCCAAGGUUUUCUGGUGUCCGUUCUUUUGACUAUUUCAUAUCCAGUUCAUGUAACCAUUUUGCAGGUAAUGAGUCUCUGUGCCCUUUUUUUUUUAAAGUUCCUUUAAAUACGUUUAUCUAUAUCUUUUCUUCUUUCAAAUUGAGGUAUUUAGAUUUAACUAUGAUAGUAUAGUAGCCACGUUUUCUUCAGAAAUCAUAACCUCUUCUUGGGAAUCCAGUCGUUUAGAGAACUGUGAGGGAGGAACAUGAGGUUUUGGUCAGGAAGAAGCGUGCGUGAGGGCAUGUAAGGACAGCCAUACGGCCUGUGGAGCGUGGCUCUCACGCCCUAGGCUCUCAGCAUACCCACCUGAGGAAAUCGGAAAUGAAUCCUUUCAAAAGCAUACUGGUUGCCCGGCUGGCAUGGCUCAGUGGUUGAGUAUCAACCUAUGAACUAGGAGGUCGGGGUUGAUUACCAGUCAGGCACAUGCCUGGGUUGCGGGCUCAAUCCCCAGUAGGGGGCGUGCAGGAGGCAGCCAAUCAGUGUUUCACUAUCAUCGAUGUUUCUGUCUUCUCUCCCUCUUCCCUCCUCUCUCUCUAAAAAAUCAAUAAAAACAUAUUUU